CCAACGGGCCAGUUAUAAGCUAGUAAAGAAGAAAACACAAUCCUAGACAUCAGUGACCUAUGUGAAGAGAUCAAGAAGAAGGCAAGAGAGAAGGGAGGAAUUGUAUGUAGGAGUGUUCAAGCAGAUUGGUUACCAUGGUAACCACUUUACUAGCACUAUACCUAACCCUAAGGGUCAGAGGGUGAGUGAUGUUGUUUCAUGCAACGGGAUCUUGUAUCUGUCGUAUUCUAAAGAUGCUAGGUUGUAUAUUGUCGGUUUUAAUCCUUUCCGUCUCGAUAUACCUCCAGCUCCUAUCGAUGUCUCUCCGAUCUCCGGAAGGACGUUUUGGAAUAUUUCGGUGUCUCGUCAAUGUUUUUUUCCAAGUUCGUGAAGUCUCUUCCUCUCUGCCUCCAGUGCCUGCUUCUCCCCUUCAGCCCUCAAGUUCUCGCCUUCCCUCCUGGAUCCCUCCUCCUGAUAGUUGUAUGAAGAUCAACUUUAAUGCUGUGGUUCGUGCUUCCGGUUGCUCGUCUGGUCUAGUGGUUCGUGGAAUAGACGGGCAUGUGGCUUUGGCAGUAUGGUCUCAGCACCACGACAUUGCUGAUCCCUACCUCGCGGAACUUCUUGCUGCUAGGGACGCCAUCUCCCUCUUGGUCUCCAAAUCCCUUCCUCGUGUCAUCAUCGAAGGUGAUUCAGAAGUGGUGAUUUGUCAGCUUCGUCAGGGUGUUUCUUCAGAUUCCCUCGGAGGACCGGUGCUUCGGGAUUGCUUCCUUCUCCUAUCUUAAGUUUCUAUCUCCUUAGAGUUUAGGGCAGUUUCCCGGACUGCUAACAGGGCUGCCCAUAGAGUGGCGCAGAAAGCCCUGUUACUUUCUCCCUUUGAGUUAUGUUCCUUCGACUUUGUUAGUUUGCUUCACUAAUGUAGUGGGUUGGGAGGUUUGAUUGUAUAGUUUUUCUCUAUUGAUAUUUAUUGGGGAAAAGAAAAAAAAAAGUUGCUCUGCAUCUGACUGUGUACGAGGACAUGGACCCUGUUGGUUCGUUGGUUAUCAUGAGCCUCAUUGAGGGAUAACUACAAACACCAGUCCCUUCACCUUCUCACACACUGUAUCAAGAGAAGCCGGAAAUUGCCUUCUUCUCCAGUUGUGGGGCCGAGAGUUGCCACGUGUCCUACAAUUUGAGCAGGGGGAGCUAGAGUUCGUCGCUAAACAAACUCAAUUCUUUUAUGGUUGGAGGGUGUUUCAGCCUAAGUUCUGUCGUUGGCCUACUCAGUUCCAAGGUAUCAAAAGUUGCGAGUCAGGUACGAUGGAAGCUACGUACAGUUGUUGGGUUCAAAGCAACGUGACCAACAACUCCCUCGACUCAAUAAUGGCCCAUCCCUCCAAUCUGAUGCUGAUAAUUUCCAAUGCAUGGUGUUGCUACGAAAUGGGUUAAGGAAACUUUCGAUCUGCAAGCUCCUAGUUAGUGUGUUAAUUGUUUUUGUUUUGUGUUAAUUUGAUUUGGCAGCUUAAAAAUGGGGAAAUUUGUCCUUUGGUAGAAAGCUAAAAUCUUUAUAUGUCUCGUUUUGUCUAAUUGCAUGGCUUGAGAAUUCCAGAUAGAUGCAGAGAUGGCCUUGUACUAUUUUCGUUCAUAUAUACUUCUUAUUUUGGUCACAAAGUUUGGUUUGAUUGGACAAGGUCUCAAACUGUUGUCAAUGAAAGUAGUAUAUACAUAUGAAAUUAUGUGUCAUCAAGUGGUAGACUAUGGUUUCUAGGCCUGCCCAACUCGGGUAGGAAUUUUUUUGGAGAAAAUCUUAAAAUACACAUAUUUUUUAAAAAAAAUCUCAAAAUACACACGUUUUAUGAAAAAAUCAAAUAUACAUAUGUUUGGGCAUUACUGCGGUUGUCAGCCGCGGUGAAUGCAUGAAAGCGGUGAAUGCAUCACCGCGGUUGACGGUCGCUGUGAAUGUCUGACCUAACACUAAAACUUCAAACGAACAUAAUUUUGCGCUCGGUUAUCCGAUUGUAACGAAUUAUUUUUUCAUUCCACAUAACUUCUCAAGAUCUUUCAAUCUGAAAAUAUCGUUCAUCCCAAAAAAAAUGUCGUUUGCUACCCCGAACGAGCAAUGUUUUGAUUUUGACAAACUUUGGAAGACCAUAGCUUUGUGCUCCUCAAUCCGAAUGUCAUGGAACUUUUUUUGAAUUCACUUGAAUUUUGAAGAACCACAACUUUGAUCAAAACCAUAAUUUUGGAAUGUAUGUGGAAUUGUGAAAAGUAAAGGGAAAGUUAUUCCCAAAAUCCUGUAUACCAAAAAACAUUGCUUUUUAAAAAAAUUCUUUCCUAGUAAAAGUUGUAGUUCUUAAAAAGUUAUGCGCAAUCAAGAAAAAGACGUUCGGAUUUAGGAACAAAAAAUUAUGGCCUUCAAAGUUUGGCAAAAUCGAAAAUUGCUCGUUCGGGGUAGCAAACGACAUUUUUUUGGGAUGAAUGCUUGCUACCAGAUUGAAAGAUCUCGAAAAGUUAGGCGUAAUACAAAAAAUCGCUACAAUCGGAUAACUGAGUGCAAAAUUAUGUUCGUUUGAAGUUUCGGUGUUAGGUCAAGCAUUCACUGCGGCCGUCAACCGCGGUGAUGCAUUCACCGCUUUUGUCUGCAGCGGUGAAUGCAUUCACUGCAGAUCAACCACAGUGAUGCCCAAACAUGUGUAUUUUUGGAAAUUUUCAUAAAAUGUGUGUAUUUUG